AUGUUGGAGGAGAUCUGGGUGGAGCAGAGAGACCACUUAAGAGGCUUUUGUAAAAGUCCAGGGUGCUGUGUGGAAUUGCUGCUGCUGCUGCUGGCCGGGGAGCUGCCCCUGGGCGACGGCUGCCCGCGGGACUGCGUGUGCUACCCGGCACCCAUGACGGUCAGCUGCCAGGCGCACAACUUCGCCGCCAUCCCCGAGGGCAUCCCCGAGGACAGCGAGCGCAUCUUUCUGCAGAACAACCGAAUCACCGUCCUCCAGCAGGGCCACUUCAGCCCUGCCAUGGUCACCCUGUGGAUCUACUCCAACAACAUCACCUACAUCGACCCCAACACCUUCGAGGGCUUCGUGCACCUGGAGGAGCUGGACCUCGGCGACAACCGGCAGCUGCGGACGCUGGCACCCGAGACCUUCCAGGGCCUGGUGAAGCUUCACGCCCUCUACCUCUACAAGUGCGGGCUCAGCGCCUUGCCCGCAGGCAUCUUUGGGGGCCUGCACAGCCUGCAGUACCUCUACCUGCAGGACAACCACAUCGAGUACCUCCAGGACGACAUCUUUGUGGACCUCGUCAACCUCAGCCACCUGUUCCUCCAUGGUAACAAGCUGUGGAGCCUGGGCCAGGACACCUUCCGGGGACUGGUGAACCUGGACCGCCUGCUGCUCCACGAGAACCAGCUGCAGUGGGUCCACCACAAGGCUUUCCAUGACCUCCGCAGGCUGACCACCCUCUUUCUCUUCAACAACAGCCUCUCCGAGCUGCAGGGCGACUGCCUGGCCCCUCUGGGGGCCCUGGAGUUCCUCCGCCUCAAUGGGAACGCCUGGGACUGUGGCUGCCGGGCCUACUCGCUAUGGGAAUGGCUGCGGAAGUUCCGAGGCUCCAGCUCCGCAGUCCCCUGCGUGUCCCCCCAGCUGCGGCACGGCCAAGACCUGAAGCUGCUGAGGGCUGAGGACUUCCGGAACUGCUCGGGGCCAGCAUCCCCGCACCAAAUCAAGUCGCACACGCUCACCACCACCGACAGGGCUGCUCGCAAGGAGCACCACGGCUCUGCCAGGGACAAGGGCCACCCCCACGGCCAUCUGCCUGGCUCCCGGCCAGGCUACAGGAAGCCAGGCAAGAACUGCACCAGCCACAGGAACCGCAACCACAUCUCUAAGGCGGGCACCGGGAAACAGGCCCACGAGCUGCAGGACUAUGCCCCCGACUACCAGCACAAGUUCAGCUUUGACAUGAUGCCCACGGCCCGGCCCAAGAGGAAGGGCAAGUGUGCCCGCAGGACCCCCAUCCGUGCCCCCAGUGGGGUGCAGCAGGCCUCCUCGGGCAGUUCUCUGGGGGCCACGCUCCUGGCCUGGAUACUGGGGCUGGCGGUCACUCUCCGCUGAGGACUCAGGGUGCCAGCACCCAGCACUGCCACGUAUCCACCAAGGAACAGAAUUUCUUUUCUUCUUUUUUUACAAGCAGAGGAUCCGCUGGGUUUCAGGAAAAGGCUGAUAGAGGCUUCGGCUGCUGUCUGGACCCUGCCCGGUGGAUUAUAAACCCAAAGUGUACAGCCCUAGGCAGGAGGGGAUUAGUGCGUCUCCCCCAGCUGUCCCAGCCAGCCCCUGCCGAGCUCCCUCUGACAGCGUGCCUGCAGCAAGGUGGUAAAAAGGCACGCAGCAAAUCAGUCCUUCCUUAGCAGCAAUGGGACCAUUGCCUCUUACGGGAGCUGAGCUCUGCGGAAUCUUGACCGUUUGGGAAGGUCUGAAGGGUCCUGCCAUGCCUGGAGGAGGCAGGACUUGAAGAAGAACAAUCAGCCUUGUCCAAGAGGCCAGGUUGACCAGCAGUCUGGGAGCCUAUGAGCAGGUGGCACCUUGGCUCUUACCUGAGGCCACUUCCUCUACCUGUCCUGAAUUCAACCCUAUGCUACCUUCAGUCCCUCCUUCGAGGGCCAUGCCUCUCAUUCCUGAUGUCUCAGGCAGCCCUGGUAGACCCAGGCCCUACGACUGAGGUGCAAGAACCAGUUACCAAAGGAAGAUCAUUAGAGGCUGAAACUUAGAAUUUCAUGAUGUGCAAUGAGGUUCUCACAGAAGGUGCAGUUUUAUAACCAUGUCCACUUAUAUAUAUACACACUCUACAUAUAUAUAUAUAAAAACAAAUGCACAGGCCCCCCCACCCACUCCAUUACCAAACUGUAUGUCUUAUCAUGUUUAUAAACUCUAUGAAAGACUAUCUCUGCUGAACUAAGGAUUGUACUGGUGAUUUCUAGCAAGAAAAAAAAAAAAAGG